GCACAUUACGUGGACUGCAACUUCCGAGCAAUACUGCAACAUCGAAUACUGCAACGUGAUAAAUUUAGUUGGCGACGAUUUUAAAUUCAAACAAAAAAUAUUUUCUGUCAACAAUUUUGUUGCUAGUCUUCAAAAAAUAUUGGAAAGUUCCGUUGCCCCGAACAUCAAAAAAGAAUUGGUAACUCUAGGAGAUUAGUCUUUGAUUAGCAACUAGAGGAUUUAUAUGAAUAUUUCGAUAGUUGCCUAACUGGUAUACUUAUCAAUGAUUGAAAAUUAUAUGACAGCAACAGGUACAAUUGUAAACGGUGUACCUGUUAUCGACGUAUCUGCUUUGGAACAGGCUGCAGAUUCCAGCAACGAGAGCAGUGCUACAGCCGAACAGCAAAACGAAACUCACGAGACAGAUCCGCUUGCGUCUGGGUCACCGCAUUUCAUCACAGUCACUGUUGCCGAAGGUGACACUGUGGCUUCUCAUCAGGGAUAUCACAUCCAAUAUGUUGAACCAGAAAUAUACGCUACGCAAACGAAUGGCGGGCAGACACAAAUGGCGUAUCCGGUGUAUACUGUUGGAGAAUCAGCGACGCUCUAUCCAAUAGCUAAUGCUGCACAAGCCCAGGGACAGUAUUAUGCUGCCACCAAUUCCGGAGCUACUACUGUCACUGGCACCGUGGGUUACACUGCCACUGGAGGGCAGUACGUGGUGCAACAUACUGUCGACGCUGAGUCACUUAUAUCUUCAAAUAGGGUAUCGCCACAGACGACAAGUGCGGAGACGAGUUACGUUGCUACAGCGACCGUGCAUGCUUCUCAGCCUUCGGGACAGGUAGUAUCGGGUGAAGAUGUAGGAUCCGCCCUCGGGCACGCCACUAGGGUGUCUCCGACCACUGUCCAAUGGUUGUUGGAAAACUACGAAACAGCAGAAGGAGUAUCUCUACCUCGUUCAACUUUGUACGCUCACUACCUCAGACACUGUGCGGAAAACAAACUAGAACCUGUUAAUGCAGCUUCGUUUGGAAAACUCAUCCGUUCAGUGUUUUUAGGACUUAGAACUCGUAGAUUAGGAACCAGAGGAAAUUCAAAAUACCACUACUAUGGAAUUAGAGUCAAACCAGGCUCUUCUCUAAUGAAUCUGGAAGAUCAAAAUAGCAGAGUAGUCUUGAAUUCAAGCAACACAAAUGGCAAAGCUCAGGGAACAGUCAGACCUUUCAAACGAAGUUCGGACGCUUCUGAUUCUGUCAUUGGAUCAGCAUUAUCCCAACAUGUUGCAUAUUUAGGUGACGGUAGCACUGCUAUUCCAGCUUUUCCAGAUAUUCAGUUUAAUGAACCUUUACCAGAAGAUUGUGGUUAUGAAGAUGUAGAUACUUUGAAGUCGAUUUACAGAGAACAUUUAGAAGCUUUUUUGGAUGCCAUUUUGAGCUUAGAGUUUUCCACUGUUGAGUCACUAUGGAGAGAAUUUUGGAGGUCUCAAUACAACAACAAUAGCGACGAAUGUGAAGAAGAAAAAUACCUCUCAAAGUCCAAAUUGUUCUGUCUCUGCAGCCUGGAACCCGUUCAGCAUUUUAUGAGACAAGUAGAUUUGGUGUUUUAUCAAAAUCUAAUUCAAGUUCUGGUGCCUGAUGUUCUGAAACCAAUACCUGCCACUUUGACUCAGAGUAUACGAAAUUUUGCUAAAAAUUUAGAAAAUUGGCUAACGACAGCAAUGGGAGGAGCACCACCAUCUAUGCUUCAAAUCAAAUUGACAGCAGUAUCAGCAUUUAGUUCCAGUUUAAGACGCUAUACUUCACUGAAUCAUCUCGCUCAGGCAGCUAGAGCAGUCCUACAUAAUAGCAAUCAAAUUGGCCAAAUGUUAGCUGACCUGAACCGCGUUGAUUUCCAUAGUGUCCGAGAACAAGCUUCAUGGGUUUGUCAGUGUGAUAACGAUCUUGUGGCUCGCUUCGAAAACGAUUUCAAACUUACUCUGCAACAGCAAAACUCCUUAGAGCAAUGGGCUUCUUGGUUGAAGAACGUGGUCAAAAGUGCUUUGAAGCCUUACGAAGGAAAACCGAGCUUUUCUAAGGCUGCUAGACAAUUUCUACUGAAAUGGAGUUUCUAUAGUUCUAUGGUGAUUAGAGAUUUGACGCUGCGAUCUGCAGCGAGUUUUGGAAGUUUUCAUCUCAUCAGGCUACUAUACGAUGAAUAUAUGUUCUAUUUAAUUGAGCACCAAGUCGCCGAAGCUACUGGUGUCGUACCUAUUGCCGUCAUUUUAGAAGGAAUUAAGCAAGACAUUUUAGAGAACAGCUUGAGCGUCUACGGAAACGACAGCUUUUCUUCAUCAAAACUGACUUGCGUCAGUCCUACAGAGCCCCUAUCAAAACGUCCUAAAAUUAGCUAGCUUAAAAGCAAAACUAGAGUUGUUGUUUCGCCAUUUCAUUGACACACAUUAUAAUAGUUAGGUUGUUCACUUAAAAAUAAUUUCGUUGAACAAGCAUAAUAUAUUUUUAAUUUUUUUAAUUUUCGGGUAUGUUGGGACCAUUUUUGUCAUUUUUGUUUGGUCACUGUCAUUUAAGUUUUGAAGUAUUCAGUAGUUUUGGCCAAUUAAAAUGAGUUCUUACAUAAUUUGAAGUCAUCGUAAAUAUUCAUUUAUUAGAAAAUUAUCUAAUAGAAAUUACUGCCAAUUUCAAAAUACAUUUAUGACGAGUGUUAAAUUGUAAGCAUGAUAAGAACCAUGCCUAUGUUACUAGGAGUUUUAGUUACUUUCUCUUCUAGUGUCAGCCUGUUGCAUUUAAAUAAUUCUUCAAAUUUUCUUUUAAAUUUAAUUUCAUAGUUCUGUUUUUUAGGAAAUAUUUUAAAAUAGUCCUUAAAUUAAUAAUUGUUGAAUGAUUUGCAAACCUGAUUCUGUUGAUAAAAUGGGCGAUCGCAAGUUUUUUAAAAAUUUCGUUAUCAGAAGUAACGAAUGGUAUCGGGGCUAUAAUCACACAAGCUAAUCUCAAAAAUUAAUUUGUCAAUAAUUAUCAUUUGACAGCAUGUUAAGUGAUUAAUUCAUGUGAUUAUCCAUAAUUCCGAUACUAAAAGUUGUAUUCAAUAGAUUAUAUCACGAAUUAAUAAAAUAUGACAGAUCAAUAAUAAUUUACAGUUACCUACUCUAAUAAAAGGAAUGACAUAACAUAAUAAGCUUGCCUACUAGAUAUUUAUAGCAUUUAUUGAAAUGGAAAUGGUUGAUAUUAUAUAGUAAAGAACUAAAUUAUAACGAAUACCAAUUCGUUAAUUUGUUAUUUUCGUUUAUUUCUUUGUUCUCCAGCCGUCCUCUGAAGUAUUUUUAUUAUUGUUGUUUUAUAGAUCUUACUUUCAGUUUUAAUAUAUUAAUUUGGGCAUGCUGUGUCGUCUUAGCACGCAGAUAUUCUUAUUGCUUGGUUGUUUGUUAUGGCUUCUUUUCGUAGCCUUUCAUUCUACGCUGAUCCCUAACAAUAUCAAAUUCUUCGGUUUUGUGAAGGAUCUGGCAUCUCGGAUUUGGUCCGUCAUUAUCAACACCCAGUAGUUGCAGGAUUUCAUCCGUGAGGAAUUUGAGGAACAUCACCAGUUAACUGUUUAGCAAGCCGGGGGGGGGGGGGGCGGUUUAUUCUCCAAGCAGCGUUUUUGACAGCACC